AUGUCAAAAUAUAAUUCAAGACGAAAAUUGAAUCGGAAUUAUGGAUUUACUGAUAAAAUUCAUGAGGAUUUUAAUAAUCCGAGUGAUUGUAAUCGAUGUCAAGAUAUGUGUAGUCCUGACAAAAAUGACCAUCAAACUACCACAUCGAAUUAUGAGGAUAAUCAGUCCGAUAAUACAAGUUCUAAACUAGAUGUAAAACAAAAUUUAAAUAAUGCGCCUAAAUUGAAAUUGAUCAAUGAUUAUAAAAUGAGUUUAAUAAAAUCAAGAAAGCAUGCUAUUCAAUUACUCAAAGCAAAAAAUCCAAUCCCCAAUUUAUCAGAAAUUCAAUGUUCUUAUGAAUUAUUAAAUCAACGUAAUCAUUCUUUAAUACAACAGGUAAUGCGAAAAUUGAAAAUACAAGCAGAACAAUCAAAUCAAGAAUUAAAUAAUUCCGUCAAAUUAUUGAAAAAUAUGUUACAUAGAAGUCGUAAACAAAAUAUUCGAUUUAAACGUAUCAUUGAGAGUGUUAAAACACAUUUAAUCAAACUACACGAUACAAUUAAACAAGUCGACAUGGAAAAUGAUCAAAUCACAUCCGAACAUCGAUCGGAAAAUAAUUUGUCAUUAACAUUAGAAAAGAUGAAUUGUAAAAAAUUCAUUAAAGAAAUCUCUCAUAAUAUUAGUCAUCAACUUCAAGAAUUAAUCAAUCAUAAACGAAUUGAACAUUUAAAUAUGAAAAAUAAAAUUGUUACACUUGAAAAUGAAACCAAACGUCGACGUCAUUGUAUUGAAGAACUAAAAAUACGACUUCAAUGUGUUCUUACUAAACAAACAGAUCUUCAAAAUGAUUUAGUAAGUUAA